UAAGAAUAUAAAAUAUUAUAAGCUGAUUUGUAUUUUCAACCAAAUAUCCUUAUAAUUUUAGCAACAUGGGUCGUAUGUAUGGCAAAGGUAAAGGUAUAUCGCAAUCGGCAUUACCUUACAGAAGAUGUAUUCCAACUUGGUUAAAGCUUACUGUAGAAGAAGUUAAAGAACAUAUAUUUAAAUAUGCUAAAAAGGGUUUGACUCCAUCUCAAAUUGGUAUAAAAUUACGAGACCAGCACGGAGUUGCUCAAGUUAAAAAUUUAACAGGAAACAAAAUUUUAAGAACACUUAAGGCGUGUGGGCUUGCUCCAGCUAUUCCUGAAGACUUGCACAAUUUGAUAAAAAAGGCAGUUGCAAUGAGAAAACAUCUAGAAAAAAACAGAAAGGAUAAAGAUUGUAAAUUCCGUUUAAUUUUAGUAGAAAGUCGAAUUCAUAGGCUGGCCAGAUAUUACAAAAGAAAAAGCAUACUUCCUCCAAAUUGGAAAUAUGAUUCAUCAACUGCUUCUGCUUUAGUGGCAUAAAAAUAUUAUUAUAUAUAUGUAUGCAAAAUUAAUUUAUAUUUUAGUUUGAUAAAAUAAAUAUAUAUAUGGACAUGAAGUUUUGAUUUUGAUUCACAAAAUUUUAUAAAUAGCUAAAU